AUGUCGGAGAAUAGCUUCAACUCAAAGUAUUUGGACGAUGACGAUGAGGACGAUGCGAUUGCUGCCUCUGAGGGCAAAGUUUCGAGCCAGGUGGCCAAGCGCAUCUGGCAGCCAACCAUCGAUGAUACUACCCCUGGGGUCUGGGAGCCGCCCGAGAAGCCCCUGCCCCACGUGGAGGAGGAUGCUCCGAUGAGUGCCGAGGCCCUGGCGGAGGCUCUAGCGGUGAGCGAGACCGCCUCGGACUUUAUACACGAAGUGGAGCGCUCUCUCUACGGCGACAACAGCAAGGAGAACGGCUCCGCCCAGUACUUCAAGGCGGCCGAGAAUUAUUCGCUGUUUGGCGCCAACUACAUGGGCUUGGAGGAGGACAAGAACAAAAAACCGCCGCCGGGCUUCGACCAAAGCUCCAGUCAGAUUGCGGCUGGAUCGGCCGGAGUAUCCCGCCAAAGCUACUCGGGGAAUAUGCCCAAUAUGCCCUCCUUCUUAGCUGUGCCAGUUGCUGUUACGGCCUUUUGGCCGUAG